AUGGACCUCCAACCCCCAACACCAGCCGCAGCUCCAAUCGACCGUCUCUCCCUCGCCUCCCUCCCCAACGAGAUUCUCGACCACAUCUUCUCUCUCCUCCCCCUGCUCGCCAACUCCCCCGCCAUUGCGCCCUGUUUGCGUUCCAUCUACUACAUAACCGACACCCUCGCCUCACCGCGCUGGCGACGACUCGAGUCUUCUUCCACUCUCGACGAGGAAAUCGAGCCUGAAGACUUCACCUGGUCCCCAACCGACCACCCGAGGAACUGGCUCCCGCACUACGUCCACCACCCACAAGGUUCAGGACGCAUCGACCUCCUCUCUCAAGAAUGGUACCAGCACCGCCACCGCCCGCUGAUAAGCCAACACCGGCGCUCAGCAGACCAAAUCGCCCUCGAUCGGCAGCGGUACGAGGACCUCCUACUAGACCAAGCCCAGUUUUUGGCCGUGGACCACUCGCCUGACCGCGACUACGACGGCAUCGUCAUGUGCUGGGAACAGUUCCCUGCGCUGGAACACAUCACCAUUGCGGCGUGCAGGGAGCUGAGUCUCGCUGCGCCGCUGAAUUCCGUGGCGUUGCAUAGCGAUCGGAACCCGUUUCGGUACGCGCCGUGGCGGACGGCGUUUCCGAGCAUUUCCACGCCCGAGACGGAGGAGCGGGCCUUGCGGUCGUUGGUGCGGUACUUGGAGAUCCAGUCGGUGGUGGGAAAGGGAAAGGCGCCAAGGUUGAAGACGCUAAGGAUCAAGAAUCUGUCGUGGUGCGUGUUGGAUGAUCCGGGUUUGUUCUUCUCGCCGAUUGUGGAAAAAGCGCUGGCGAAUCUGACGACGCUGGAGAUUCAGAUUCGUCAUGGGAAUCCGAUUCACAUGGCUGCGAAAGAGUGUAUCCCGCCCAUGAGCCAGACGAGGCUUUCCCAUGUUAUGUCGUCAGAGAAUGUGCGCGCAUUCUUGAAAUCGCUGACGAACUUGCGACAUCUGACGUUUGAAAGGGAUAGAAUUUGGUACCGCGAGGAGCACAUGAUUCCAGAGGGUGACGGGUAUAGGUGGUCGCUGGGGGACAUAAUCGAUCCGGAAUCACGGUGGCCGCACUUGCAGUCCUUGUCGCUGUCACACUUCAACGAUUGUGAGAGGGAGGAUAUCGAACAGAUCAUGGACAACCAUGCCGACACGCUUUGGAAGGUGUCGUUGGGGGACGCUAAUCUCAGGACAACGUCGUGGGUGAAUCUGGUGGAUUACUUUUACCAGGAGAAUCAGAGGCGAAUUGCAGGAUAUGAUGGCAAACCUCUGUACCAUCUGGAGCUAUGGGGUUGCCUCAGAGGUACCAGAGAAAAGGACAUCACGGGGCAGCAGCAGCCUGGUACUCCAGAUCACACAGGAGAGAGAGAAGAGUGGGCUUUCUGGCGUGGGGACCCGCAUAGCUGGGAACUAGCGAGGUAUGUGUAUGGGAUUGUGUUCCAGGAGUCGAACUUCGCAUGGGAACAUAGGGCACUCUACGCUCGUAUAAUCGUCGGCGAGCGCGAAGAGGGACUCGGAGGGCUAGAAAAUUGA